CUCUCUCUGUCUCUCUCUGUUUUCUCUCUGUCUCAUGCACGCACGCGUAUACAUCUACAUCUGAAGUUCUUUAGCUUGUCAUGACUAGCAGGGAAGAGUUUCUUAGUGUUAAUAUUUGACUAAAGGAAGGAGGGCCCAAGCUUUUCUGUUUCUGUGUCUUGAGCAACAUUUAUUCAGGCAACACUUUUAACACUGAAAGUCCGCCCAAGAGAGACUUCUGCCUUUGAAAGCGAGGAGGACUGAGAAGAGCUUUCAGCAGCAAUGGAGGUGCUGGUGCUGAUAGGCUUUGAGGGGACGAUGGCGGAUGAGUUAACGAUGCAGCCGGGUGAUGUGGUGAAGAAUGUGAAGGCAGCCAGUGAAGAGGGCUGGCUGGAGGGAGAGCUCAGAGGGAAAAGGGGUAUUUUCCCCUCCAACUUUGUUAAGGAAGUACCUGUUCACUUGACAGGAGACAGCAAGAGAGAGCCACGAAGCAUGCGACAACCGAAGAUGUCGUUGAAGGAACAGUGUAGGAAAUGUGAAGUCACUUAUGCCUACAAGCCAGCGCACGAGGACGAGCUGGAGCUGGUUGUUGGAGAUACUAUAGAGAUUCUUAGAGAGAUUGAAGAUGGAUGGUGGAUGGGGAAGAAAAAUAACAAAAUAGGAGCUUUUCCAUCAAACUUUGUAAAAGAAAUUUUUUCCUUUCCAAAAGAUGGAAGGCUGAGUGAAAGCAAAAGCCGGCCUAAACUUUCUGACGCCAUCUUCACUAAAGAGGGAAUACAAGAACAGAGAACAACUAUACGCAGAAAAACAAAUGUGAAAGAAUGCUGUCAGGUCAUGUUCGAUUAUGCAGCCUAUGCUGAGGAUGAGCUGGACCUAAAGAAAGGAGACAUUGUCACCAUCAUCAGCAAGGUCACUGAAGAUGAGGGAUGGUGGGAGGGAGAGCUGAAUGGGCGGAGGGGCUUCUUCCCCGAUAAUUUCGUCAUGGUGAUCCCGGCGGACGCUGUUCAACUUGGGGACAAAAACCAGCUACCGCUGAGACGUGGCUCACAGAAGCAAUCAGUAAAGGAAGCUUCUGGAAUGGACAAGAACAGCGCUGAAACAAGCUCAAAGGUAGAGGCCAAAGAUGAAAAACCAGAUGCCAAAGAUUUCAGAUGCGAUCCACCUGGUAAAAUCAAAUUGCCUGGCAUGUUCAAAACUUCAGCUCCUCCUCCCAUUAAGGACAAACCACACAAGCCUGCACCAAAGGGCAGUGAUGAUCAACCUCAAGCCUCACACACAGAGAGUAAAGCCAAGGACGCUGACCAGUUUGAUGGAGUGAAUGUAUCUUCAGACAAACUCAACCAUCCCACAGCCAGCAGGGCCAAACCCCCACAGAGGAGACCACCUACAGGCCUCAGUGCAGCCUCAAAUGCUACCAGUGACACCAACCAGAAUGAGGCAUCUGCAGUUCCCCCGAAGGACGCAGAAAAUCAUUUACCAUCAACCAAUAAAGCAGAGCAGGCUUUCAUCACAUCUUCUUUACCUCAGCAUCCUGUUCAGUCCAAACCCCAGACUGAGGCCAAACCAGCAGAGGUCAAGCCCCAGGAGGAGAAACCAACUCUGGAUAAAGUACUGGCUGAACUGAGAGAACUACGCAUGGCUCUGGAACUGCUCAAAAAUCGACACGAAGCAGACAUGAAAGAGCUUAAAGACGAGCUAAGCGAGGAAAAGAGCAAACGAAUGAAACUACAGGAUGAGGUCCAAACGCUGAAGAAGCAGAAGUAACCCUGUAACCCUGGAGGACUUGAUGAUCAUUUGGACUCUGUCUCUUUAAGAAUGUUGUUUAUCUAUGUGUUACUGCUCCCAUCGGGAUACUGAAACAGCAUGAGAUACGGUGAGGACACAGCGCACACAGAGUGUGAGACGAGACAACAGAGACUGACACAGACACUCUAACACACACAGAAUCUGGAACCCGCUGUCUGAUCCCACACUCAGUGACCCCGUCCUCAGUAAUAAGGACCACAGGCCUUUUGUUUUACUCGAAAUUGCAUUGAGAAGAGAGAGCACUCGUUUGCAGAAAGAUGCAAAAAUCUACCUUUCAUAGAAUUUUGGAAUGGCUAAUGGUUAUUCUUUUUUCUUAAAUUACUUCACUCUACUCUUUUUUUCAUUCAGAUUUUGUUUUGUGUGGUAAUUUUUUUUUUUCUGGGGUCUUUCACUAUAUAUAAUGCUGCAUUUUCAUCUGAUAAAACCCUGAAAAAUCAAGUGUGAUGGCUGAGUUAUCCUUAUAUAUCAGAUAUAUGGAUACUUGUCUAUCAUAUGCAUUCACUUUUCUUGAAAUCUUCUUCCAUUGUUUGCUUUCCAUGGCAGUAGAUGCAUCACCAUCUGGUUAUUCUUCCUGUUUAAAAUAGAACUCAUAGCUGUUUAGUGUGUUGGACUAAGGGGCAGUGCUUAUGGAAAAGGCACUUGACUGUUUUGACUUUUCUCCAUGAAAGUCACUCUUUAUAGGCUACUGAAGGGCAAGUGAACCAGUGUUACCUUUGUUACUAUGUUCCUUUACCUGCUUCUCUGCUCUUCUGACUGUUAGAACAGUCUAUCGCUUAAGAAUUAAGGUGGAUAUGCUUUCACGGAAUCGCAGUUUGAUCUCCAGAGUUGUACUGUGACACUAGGUGGGAAUUUCACAUUAAUUUUAACAAUUAUAUUAAGCCUUGUUGUGUGUGUGUGGAUUUAAGGUGGUUGUGAUGAGCUAUGGUUAAGAUCAGGUAUAUUGCCAAAGAAUGUGUUUGACACUAGAGGGCACUCAUGAGAUAAUCCAAAAUGAAUGGGGGCCUAUGGAGCUUUUAUGAACUGUAAUUUGUGAAAGGUUAGUCAUUUUUAAGUCAUAAAUGCCCUCCUUAUCUAAUCACAAAAUAUUUAAAAAUAUUUAAACACUGACAUUAUAUUUUUAACACCUUUUAACUUGUUACAAGCCUUAUUUAUGUUGAUGAUGUCACGGGAGUGUGAACUGCUUUACUCUGUACGCUCAGUAGCAGUAAUGCUCACGUUCUAUAGGCUAAAACCUAUUUGUUGUAAACAAUUUUUUUUUGCUUUCCAAAAUUAAAGAAAGCUCCUGUGUGAAUAACUAGAAAUAAAUUAACAUUGUUUUGCCAUUCAACUGCAGUCACUCCCAUUCAUUGCAGACUCUCACGCCCUCAUGUCUUUGCAGUCCUGUUUUUGGGAUCGCGUGUAAUGGAAUGAAAGGGGAGUUCUAAAAUGGUUCUGGUGUUAUGAGAAGUUAAUGUGAUCUAGAAGUAUCUGUGUGUGGUGUACUUUAAUUAUCAUUGUGAAUAAAUGGUUUAUCUUC